AUGCCAAUUUUUUCUCGAAUGGUGUCGGUGUCGGUGUCGGUGUCAAAUGGGGUUUUAUCUGACGGAAAUCCGAACAAGCGGCCUUUGGAGAAUGGCUGUCAUCCGUCGUCUUGCAGUAGUUUUCAGCCAAAGUACAAGUCGAGGAAGGUCUCGGCCGUUCGGGAUUUUCCCCCAGGAUGUGGACGAAAUGCUUCGCAGAUACCUUUAAAUUAUUUAAAUUCCCAAGCAAAUGCGUUAGUGUCGGAUGGCGAUAAGAUGACCAAAAUUAUUGAGGCUGAUUGUGUGAAAUCUUCUGAAAUUAAGGCUGAAUCUCAAUCCCUUGAAGUUGUGAAAAGUCCAACUCGGGAGGAAAUGGAUGAUUUGGUGGGGAAAGUGAUGGCUUCUGCUGGAAUAGUUAAUGGGAUUAAAAAUGAAGAGUUGGGCAUCGAUGUGAAAGCUCAGGGGAUAGAAGUGCCGAAAAGUUUGGAAAAUAAUGCAUUGGAAAUGGCAAAUGAAUUGCAUCAAAGUAAAGGUCACUUAUUGGUCAAGGAGUCAAAUGAAGUGGUGGGUUUGGAUUUUGUGCAGGAGUCGAGUGANUUCAAAAAAAAAAAAACAAUUCACACGGGACAAGAUGACGUGAGUCACGUGACAUCCUCGGACAUGGAAUCGGAUCCAGUUUUGAAGGACUCUGACUCUGAGGCAUAA